AUGGGAAUUCGCCAUGCGCCGGCCGGUAGCGUGCACAGCAGCGGCGAUGACGAAGGCGGGAUCGAAACCGGCCGACCUGCGGAUGGACUGCCCCUCGACGCUGUGCAGUCUUCUGUUCCGGAACGCUACUCCGUGUACAGCCUGUGGGAGAAGCGAUGGAUUGUGCUGGCCGUGUCUGCCGCCGCCUUCUUCUCGCCUGUGACUGCACAGAUUUACUUGCCGGCGCUGAAUCUCAUCGCGGCCGAUUUCCGCAUUACGGCAACGCAGGUCAACCUCACCAUGACCACGUACAUGAUCCUCCAGGGCGUCACACCCAUGUUCGUGGGUGGCCUCGCCGAUGGUGCCGGUCGGCGCCCGGCGUACAUGGUCUGCUUCAUCGUGUACAUCUUGGCCAAUGUGGGCCUGGCCGUGUGCAAGAACUACGCCUCGCUUCUCGUGGUGCGCUGCAUCCAGUCGGCCGGCUCCAGCAGCACGAUCGCGCUGUGCCAGGCCGUCGUCGCCGACAUUGUGACCAGUGCCGAGCGCGGCCAGUAUAUUGGCUUCACGGUGCUGCCGACAGUGCUGGCACCGACAGUGGGCCCGAUCUUGGGCGGUGUGCUCUCCCAGUACCUCGGCUGGCGGUCCAUCUUCUGGUUCCUGGUCAUCUCGUCGGCCGUCAUGUUUGUCGUGCUGCUGCUCUUUUUGCCCGAAACGUGCCGCAACAUUGUAGGAGAUGGCUCCAUUCGGCCACAUCCCAUGUACCGCACAUUCAGGCAGCUAUUUCAGGACUGGAACCAGAAACGGGCGCAGCAUCAACGCCACAAGAAACAGAGAAAAGAGCUUGCAGGCACCAACACGAAUAGCAACAAGAACGAAAUUGGGGACGGCGGUCUGCUGCAUAGCACUUCGCUGGCGCUGACCGCAACACGCGCCAGCUCCGUCCGGCCACCACUCCGAGUCAAGUUUCCCAACCCGCUGCGGUCGCUAUUGAUGCUGUUUGAAAAGCAAAUCGGCAUUCUCGUCGGCUACAAUGCCAUUAUCUUUGCCGGCUUCUACUCGAUAUCGGUGGCAAUGCCGUCGCAGUACGCACUGAUUUACGGCUACAACGACCUCGUUAUUGGCCUCAUGUACAUACCAAUGGCAGCUGGAUCGGCACUCACAGCCUUCGUCAUGGGACCCCUGAUGAACUACAACUACCGCCGUCACGCCCGCCGCCUCGGCCUGCCCGUCGAUAAGUCCCGGCAGGCCGACCUCGCCGAUUUCCCCAUUGAACGUGCUCGCCUCGAGGUCGGCAUACCGCUUGCCAUUCUAGCCACAGUCGUGAUCCUGUGCUGGGGCUGGGUGCUCGAGAAACGGGUCUCUGUCGCCAUUCCCUGUGUGCUCAACUUCUUCUAUGGUGUGGGCAUGAUUGGCUUCAACAAUGCCACCAGCGUCUUGCUGAUUGAUGUGUCGCCCGGUCAUGCGGGCGCCGCCGUGGCCGCCAACAACCUUGCGCGGUGUCUACUGGGUGCGCUCUUCAGUGCUGUCAUUGUGCCCAUGAUCAACAAGCUGGGUAUUGGUUGGGCUUUCGUGCUGCUGGGACUGCUGUACGCCGCGUUCCUACCACUCAUGUUUUUGUUGAUGCGCAACGGCAUCCGGUACCGGCGCGAGAAAAAGGCCAAAGAUGACCGGCGGAAGCAGUGCAAGGCCGAGAAGCGGGAAGCCAAGGAGAGAGAGGAGAAAAGGGUGGCUGCGAUUGUUCAAGGUGAAAAUACUGUGUAG